AUGGAUCUUCCCGAACGUUGUAGAGCGGACGAUGAUUUAUUAAAGCUGAUUCAAUGUAUGAAACAGUUGACUGGAAGAAUUGACAUUUCAGGGCACCGCGCCGGAACUGGAUUUAUACAAAGGAUUCGAUUUGUUCACGGUAAAUGUCCAUGCUCAGUCGAUUGUAGAGACUCCAGAUAUAAGUAUGCCAUUUUGACAGUCUCCACUGUCGUUCACAUUUUUGAUGAUAAGCCAGACAGAAAGGAUUUAUUGCAUGAGUUUGUUCGUAAACCUGAAACUGCUCAAAUAAUAUUAGACUAUGAACGGGAUGAUGAUGAUUUGUCAUGUUUACCAACAUUGUACGGCCACAGGCUGCUGGAGACGGAUAAAGAUCUUGGUAUAGACAGUGACUGGUGUUGUUUGGAGUUCGUGAGCCAUGAACUGCGUCUGGUUGAAGAACUGAACACAAGUUUAACCAGCUACCAAGAGCUGCAGGGCAAAGUUUACCAGAAAUACAAAGGCGAGUCUGUGAACCUUGUCGUUCUUGUUGGCCAUCCUGGCCGUCGUCCCAAGCAAAUAAGCAUUGGUAAAACAAUUCGUAAAUACAAGAUCCUAAAGGAAAUUCGAGACGGUCAAAAAUGGGGGCGGUAUUACUACGACGCACCGACUGAGAAGGGAAGCAGCGGUUCACCGGUUUUUGUUCUAGGGCAGCCCAUAUCUGGAUUCGCAUACUGGUUCGGUCAUCCACAUAACCAUUCUGCUAAGAAAACUGAGAAAAUAAAUUACAGUUCAAUCGGUGUAGAAUAUGUGGUGUAG